GUUGCCAAAUAUGGCUGCAGUCGUUGCCAGACACAAGCAUUUCAGUCAAGACUACCGCAGUACUGAGUCUAAAUAUGUUGUUCAGGAAUACUCCAGCUCUGCAGUUGAAGAGGUGAAAUAUCAAUACCAAACAGAGAAGAGAAUCCAGGGAGUGGUAGAGAAGAAGAUGCCUGAGAAAUACGUCCGCGAGGAGUCCAUGAUCAGGGGCCCCAAGUUUGUGGUGCGGCUGAGGUCCCACACACUGUUUGAGAACACUCCUAUCAAACUGUUCUGCUCUGUGGAGGGAUACCCCACGCCACAUGUCAAAUGGUUUAAGGAUGACGUUAUCUUGGACAUUUCCUCUGGAAAGUACUUUGUGGAGAGCAACGCUGGACUCCAUGCCCUCACCAUCCUCAAGUGUGGAACCGAUGACACUGCAAUGUACACGGCUGUAGCCUCAAACUCACACGGACAGGCUUCCUGCCAGGCCUCUAUCAUUGUGAAGAAGUGCAAAGAGGAAGAAAAGUCCUCUCCUUAUUCCUGGAUGCCUUAUCAGUAUGCGAUUUUACCUGAAGUCAAGUAUACAAAGAUUAACAUCACCUUCCUUGAGACGUUUGACGUGACCUUUGGAAAAGAAGGUGACAAGGUUACUUUGACCUGUAAGAUGACCAUCAGCCCCAACUUGGCCAACCUGCAUCCUGAGGCUCUGUGGUAUAGAGAUGAGCACCUCCUGAAAGAGUCCAAGUGGGUGAAAAUGGAAUCGGGGGGAGGUGUUGCUCAGCUCACACUCACUCAACUCGCUAAAGAUGAUGAAGGUCUUUACACCCUCCGCAUGUUGACCAAGGGAGGGGAUGCUGUCCACAGUGCUUACGUCUACGUUAAAGAUGGUCCACCUCCGGUUCCUCAAGCUCCAGGAGCCCCGAUGGACAUCAAGAUCCAUGAUACAAACAGAGAUUAUGUCAUCGUGUCCUGGAAACCUCCUAACACGACCACUGAGGGCCCCAUCAUUGGAUACUUUGUUGACAGAUGUGAAGUUGGAACAGAGAACUGGGUGCAGUCCAAUGACUCCCCUGUGAAGAUCUGUAAAUACCCUGUGCAGGGGCUCUUUGAAGGACACUCGUAUUACUUCCGUGUGCGUGCCGUCAACUCGCAUGGUAUCAGCAGACCCUCCCGAAUGUCCAAGCUCAUUGCUGCUCUGGACCCCACAGAGUUUGAGAGACUUCACCCCACAAAACUUGGUGGAAGACUCGAAGUUGUGACCUACUAUGAUGACCUUGAAGCCGAGGGAAAAGCUCCGGGACCUCCCUCUAAAGUCUGUGCUUCAGAGACGGACCGAACAUAUGUUGUGCUCAGUUGGGUUGCUCCAGUCUACCAUGGCAAAGCCCCCAUGUGGUAUUACAUUGAGAAGCUUCAGGUUGGAAGUGGAUCCUGGCAGAGAGUGAACACUAAAGUACCCAUCAGAUCUCCUCGCUACGCCGUCUUUGACUUAUCCGAGGGAAAGCAGUAUCAAUUCCGUGUGCUGUCAGCUAAUAUGCAUGGCACCAGCGAUCCAUCGGAACCCACCAAAUCUAUAAUAACACUGCAACUGAAGGGUGUGCCGUCGGCUCCUGGACAAGUCGUUGCAACAAGGGAAACCGACACCUCUGUUCUCAUCCAGUGGGCACCUCCAAAGGAUCCCAAUAACCUGAUUGGAUAUUACAUUGAUUCUUGUGUGCAAGGCUCUAAGGACUGGACCUCAGCCAAUCACAAGCCGCACAAGAAGACCAAGUUUGUAGUGCACGGUCUGACCACCGGCGAGACUUAUGUAUUCAGAGUGCAAGCUAUCAAUGAGCUGGGUCUCAGCGACGAAUCGCAGGAAUCUGCCCCUCUCUCUGUGAGAGCUGCUCUUAAAUUGCCCUCUGCUCCUUAUGACAUCUCUCUUCUGUAUUGUGAUGGGGAAUCCAUGGUGCUCAACUGGAAGCAGCCUGUCCAUUCUGGAGGAGCAGAGGUCACUGAUUAUUACAUUGACAAAUGCAAUGUGGCCAAGAAGGUGUGGAGAGAGGUCAACAUCCCACCCGUCAAGGAAAGACUGCACAAGGUUGGAAGUCUGACUGCUGGGUCAGUGUAUCAGUUUAGGGUUUAUGGUGCAAGUUUGGCUGGAUUGGGUGAUGCCUCAAGCCCAAGUGCUCCCUUCACAUGUGAGGCAUGGACCAUGCCUGAGCCAGGCCCAGCCUAUGACCUGACAUUCACUGAGAUAAGAGAUGAUUCUCUGGUGGUGGAGUGGAAAGCUCCAGUCUACAGCGGGGCCAGUGCCGUCACCGGUUACUUUGUCGAGAUGUCCAAGAAAGACUCUGAUACUUGGAGCAAAGUCAAUGAAGCUUCAAUCAAUCACUGCUAUCUCAAGGUCAAAGGUCUAGAGAUGGGAGCAUCGUAUGUGUUCCGUGUGCAGGCAGAGAACGGCAAGGGUGUUGGCAUGGCUUCAGCACCCUCUGACCCUGUGGUCGCCAAGGCACUGCCAGGUGCCCAGGAAAUCAAGUGUGGCGUCGAUGAGGUAUCAGGCGACAUUUAUCUCUCUUUCGAGAGCUGCCAAAUGACUGAGAAAUCACAGUUUGUGUGGAAGAAAUCCUACCAAGAAAUUACUGACUUCUCCAAGGGAAUCGCCGUGAAGACCUCAGGCAGCCACUCAACUCUGCUUUUUAAGAACCCAGACAAAGAAGAUGUGGGCACAUUCUCUGUGUCUGUUACUCAUACUGAUGGAGUCUCCGCCAGCUACAAGGUCUCAGCAGAAGAGUUGGAGAAAAUGUUGGCCCUCAGCUAUGACAUACGCAACCCAAUUAUUCCUCUGAAGACCGAACUGGCCUAUAAGAUUCUCGAGCGAGGCCGUAUGCGCUUCUGGCUGCAAGCUGAGGGCAUCUCCUCUGCCGUGACCUACAAAUUCUUUGCCAGUAACAAGGAGCUUGUCAACUGUGAGCAAACUAAAAUGAGCCACGACACAGCUACUGGCAUUAUAGAGAUGGUGAUGGACCAUUUCACUGAGGACAGCGAGGGCACUUUCACCGUGCAGAUUCAAGAUGGCAGAGGCAAGGCCCAGUCCACUCUGGUGCUGAUCGGAGACGCCUUCAAGGCAGCGCUAGCUGAGGCGGAAUACCAAAGGAGGGAGUACAUUCGCGUGAAAGAGGGCCCUCAUUUCAUGGAGUUUCUGUCUGUCAAUGUUGCGGAUAAUGCCUCUGUCACUCUUGUCUGCAAGGUGGCUAAUUUGAAGAAGGAGUCUGUGUUCAAGUGGUAUAAGAAUGAUGUGGAGGUGAUCCCGGAGGUGCCUGCUGACUUGAGCUCAGGAGUCUGCAAGUUCACCCUCACUCAGUUCUCCAAGAAGGAUGUGGGAAAAUAUAAAGCAACCAUCACGGAUGACAGAGGCCAGGAUGUGUCACAGAUUGAUAUUUCUGGGAAAGCUUUCGAUGGCAUCAUUAAUGAGCUGUCUCGUAUCUCUGGAUCCAGUGCUGCUGAGCUGUCUAUUCAGUGCACUGCAGAGGGCAUCAUGCUUCAAUGCCAUAUGAAAUAUUACACAGAGGAGAUGAAAAUCCAAUGGAAACAGAAGGAACUCAAAAUCACUGCAUCAGAGAGAAUGCGAAUUGGUGGGAAUCCAGCGAUGGCAACUUUGGAGAUAGUUGAGCCUACUGAUAAGGAUAAAGGGAUGUACACCAUUGAGAUUGUGGAUCCUGAGAAGACACACACCCGCACCCUUGACCUCUCUGGACAAGUCUAUGAGAAAGCCUACGCAGAAUUCCAGAGACUCAAAGCGGAAGCAUAUGCUGAAAAGUAUCGUGGGAAAGUGGUUGGUGGUCUUCCUGAUGUUGUGACGAUUAUGGAAAAGAAGACCCUGAGCUUGACCUGCACCGUCUGUGGUGACCCCAAACCUCUGGUCAGCUGGUCUAAGAACGACCAGGAAGUCGAGCCCAGCGAUCAGUAUUCCAUCGCCAUGGACUCGAGCAAGUUUGCUAGCCUUACCAUCAAAGGUGUGUCUCUCGAAGACUCCGGCAAGUACACCAUGACGGUGCAGAACAAGUACGGUGGUGAGUCGGUGGAUAUCAUCGUCAGCGUGUACAAACACGGAGAGAAGAUGCCAGACGUGAAACCCAUCCCCUCGCCCAAGAGGAUCAUGCCUCCCACGGGUCCGAUUGUAAUUCCCACCACCACGGCGGCCAGUCCCGCCCCUGCUGCUGCUCCCACCAAAUCUCCAGCCCCAGCCCAAAACAGCAAAUCACCCGCCCCACCCCGUGGCAUGAAGUCCCCCACCCCUAGCAGGAAGAAGUAAUGCCCUAGUGCUUUCCUCCCAGUCACCCUGACAGCAUAGAAAUGACUAGAUUUGCAUCUCCGGAAGGAAACAGCAAUGCUUGCAAGGCAGCAGAAGAAUAGUGUUAACGUUUUAGGUAUGUUUAGGUUCUGCGAAAAUGUAAUGCAACAUCAGAGCCAUCUCAUUGCUGUUAUGACACUCAGUACGUGUCUUGUUUGCUUUUGCUUGCAGGAAUCUGCACAGUCACUGUUCAGUUAUAAAUAGUUAAAGGUAAAGUGUGCAAUUUUUUCUGUUAACAUAUUUUAUCCUAUCCCAGCUUAGUAUUUAGAGACAACUAUAGUAAGUAAGCCACUCAAAGAUUAAUACCCCUGAAAAGUGUAAACACUGUCGGUCAAGCAUGAUUUGAAAAGAUCAUUAUUUUUACUUUUCCGUUUGGUGCUGCAAAUGGUGACUGAAUUGCACACUUCACCUUUAAAUAUAUGCAAGGAAUACAAGACCAAUCACAAUUUAGAAUGCAAAUAGAUGUAGGAACAAAGACCAAUUACAUUUAGAACUAAAAUGACAUAAUCACUGUUAAAAAUAAAAGUGCAACAAAGUGGUUCCGGAAGUAAAAAUCCCAUUAAUUUUCUCCAUCUGGGAAUAGAUUAUUAUCAAUAACUAAAUGUUACAUAAUAAUUUUUAAAGACAGACCGACCGUGAGCUCUGAGGUUGUUAAUUGAUUCUUCUGUUGAAGCCACCAGUCCUCGUUAUU